GGAAUGUUGUGAAGCGAGCUAAGAAUUGGGCAUCAAUCAUUGGACAGACUGAUGUAGAAUCGGAUGUAUUCUUCCCCGGGGCUUAUGGCAAUUAGCAGCCGUUGAUUUGUUCAAAUUGGCAUUCGUUGCGACGGGCCGCAGUAUAUAAGACCCUGUCGAAGAAUGGCUUUCGGAUCAUCGGCCUCAGCAAUUCACAGCAGUCUCGAUUAAAGGUGUAUCUACUCUAAAAGUCCAAUCGCAACGAAAACCAUCAAUCUCGUCAAAAUGCGUUUCAUCCUCCUUGCAGCUCUUAUUGCUCCAUUCGCCUCUGCCGCAGUUGCUGGCGUCGACGUUGAGGCUCGAGCGGAGGUAGAAGCAAUCGCCCAAGUCGAAGAGCGAUCACUCCUUCCGUUGGAUAAACGAUCAUGCGUGGCCAAUGGGUGCAAGUGUAGCACUAAACAUCCUCUCAAACAAGGCCAGUACUGCGGCAACUGUGUCUGGUCUAACGGCGACGGCUACAUCAUUACGGCUAAGCGUGUUAACAAUCACGUUUAUGAAUGUUCGCCCUCCGGGUCCUGCUGCGACUAUGGCGUGGGUAGUGAUUGUGGUUCUGGCACUGCUCGCUGCGGAUAAAGGCUCGCAGGUUGGCCAACGGCUGUUGAAUGCGUGGAGAAAGGAAACAGUGAAUCGUCGUUGCAUUAAGAGACGGAAUUAGUUUUGAAGCUGGGAUUUUCUCCAUUCGUUCACUAAUAUUAAAUACAUUACCACUCUUAUUGACCUCAAUUUGAAUACAAAGUACGAAGUAGGGUUAUAUUAGCUUGUAAUCGUG